UUCUUCUUUUUUGUUGUUUUGGUCAAUUUUCUCAGUCGCCAAACAUUCAAUUCACAAAAACCAAACAGAGAACAAACACAAACAAAAUUCGAUUCUGAGAAGAAACUCCCAAAUUUUAAUGGAUCCGUCGGAGUAUUUUGCCGGCGGCAAUCCUUCUGACCAACAGAACCAGAAGCGGCAGCUUCAGAUCUGUGGUCCUCGUCCUUCACCUCUUAGUGUCCACAAAGACUCUCACAAAAUCAAGAAACCUCCAAAACACCCUGCGCCGCCGCCAAAUCGUGACCAACCUCCGCCGUAUAUUCCUAGAGAGCCGGUGGUUAUCUACGCCGUAUCCCCCAAGGUUGUACACGCCACCGCGUCGGAGUUCAUGAACGUCGUCCAGCGACUCACAGGGAUCUCCUCUGGAGUUUUCCUCGAAUCUGGCGGCGGUGGAGAUGUUUCACCGGCGGCGAGGCUAGCGUCGACGGAGAAUGCUAGUCCAAGAGGAGGAAAAGAACCGGCUGCGAGAAAUGAGACGGUAGAAAUCACUAUGGAAGAAGCAGCUGAAUUUGGUGGUUAUGCUCCGGGAAUACUCUCGCCAUCUCCGGCGAUGUUAGCAACAGCUUCUGCCGGGAUAUUCUCUCCGAUGUAUCAUCAAGGUGGGAUGUUUUCGCCGGCUAUACCACCGGGAUUAUUCUCGCCGGCGGGAUUAAUGUAUAGUCCUGGUUUUGCUAGUUUGGUCGCUUCUCCAACAUUUGCUGAUGUCUUUAGAAAUAUUUGGGAUCCUUAGAGAAAAAGUUUAGAUUUUUCAUUUUGCUCUGUAAUUUUUUUGUAUUAUGUAUUUUGACAUAUCCAAAUAUCCAAUGUAGCCCAAAGGGUUUAAAAUGAGCUUCAUGUAUAAAAAUUAACUUUCAAAAA